UUAGCUCAUGUUCAUUUAUGUUAACACAAAUUCUAAUGCAUUAAAAUAAAUGUAUAUUUAGACAUUAACAUUAACCAAGAUGCAAAAAUCAUAGGUUAGAUCAUGUUAACUAAUAUUUAACUAAUGUUAACGAAUGCAACCUUAUUGUAAAGUGUUUCUGUUUCUUUAUAAAUAAGCAUUCAGGACGUUUAUGAACAUUAAAUAUAGGUAGCUACUGUUCCUAAAUCGUAUAGCCUCGAAUACGUAAUAAAACAGCUGAUUAGUGAUGCCUUUACGUUACAACGCAAAUGCAAGGGAGAAUAAACCAAUCAGAAUUAUUUACAAGGUUCAUGAGAACAAUGUAGAUCUGUGGAAAUGAGCCAAUGUAAAAAGCACCGUGGUAAUUGGGUUGCUGGUAUUUGUCGCACACAAAAGCAGAGGGGGAAUAGUGGUUUCUAAAUAUAUUAUUCAAACCACAAGUAAACAUUUUCACACAUUCAAUGACAAUAUAGAUUCGAUUUUACACCAUUCGAAACCUGCUCAGACAGUGAGUAAACAAAUGAAUAAAAUGAAUGAAUUAAUUAAAUACAAAAUAAAAAAAUCUAUUGAAUAUGACUUUAACGCGUAUAAAAAAAAAUAAACUAUUUAUUAAUUUCAAUAUAUAAAAAAUAUUUGCCAGAUUUUUGUUCCCUCAGUUUUUCAGGGCUAUUCGACGUUUCGCAGAUUAAAUAUAAUUUAAUUAUUGGCUAUUAAGCACUUUAUGUUGCUGUGGUGUUUGGACACAACUUUCUUUGAAAUAUUUUGUGGAGAAAAGGCAAGUGCAGAGCAUCGGUUUGACGUCAGGCACUACGGACACAGUAGCUACACGCUCUCAGACACAUUUGACAAAUAUCAAAACAGUGUCUGGGGUCUCGCGCACCUGGCGUGAAGUUACCGCGCGCGCAGAGCUUUACAUUCACCGGGAGAGCAAUGAAUUUCAACAAGUCGGGCGAUUUCAACGGUCCGUCCCGUAACAGCAACUCCGGUUCCGUGGACGAGCUUGUGAUAACGUUGACAUUCGGGACAUUGCUGUCGGUGGUUUACAUCGUCGGAGUUUCGGGGAAUGUCUAUACCCUGGUAGUCAUGUGUCAUUCCAUACGGCUCGCCACAUCGAUGUACAUCUCCAUCAUUAACCUGGCGCUCGCGGAUCUCCUCUACCUCUCUACCAUCCCGUUCGUGGUGUGCACGUACUUUCUGAAGGACUGGUUCUUCGGGGAUGUGGGCUGCAAGAUAUUGUUAAGUCUGGACCUGUUAACUAUGCACGCGAGUAUCUUUACUCUUACGGUGAUGUGCAUGGAGCGCUACCUGGCAGUGACUAAACCAUUAGAUACUGUGAAACGCUCCAAGAGCUACCGAAAAGCCAUGGCGUGCUGCGUCUGGAUUUUAUCUCUCCUAUUAACUCUUCCCAUGACCGUCAUGGUUAAUCAGACUACUAAAAAAGCCGCAUACGGAGGGGUGAAAAGGAUGUGCGCGCCCACCUGGGCACCACAGGCGUAUAAAAUUUACCUGACCGUCCUGUUUUGCACGAGCAUAAUGGCGCCAGGGCUGGUCAUUGGUUACCUGUACACCAGAUUAGCCAGGACUUACCUGGAGUCCCAAAGGACAUCCAUUAAUAAAGGCAGCAAGCGCUCGCCAAAGCAAAAAGUUCUCAUUAUGAUUUUCACCAUCGUGCUUGUGUUCUGGGCGUGCUUUCUACCCUUCUGGAUAUGGCAACUCGUGCCGCUGUAUCACAAGCCCUUCCGUCUCGCGUCGCACACGCACACGAGCAUCAAUUACCUUGUGUCCAGUCUGACCUACACCAACAGCUGCAUCAACCCUUUACUGUACACACUCCUCACCAAGAACUAUCGGGAGUAUCUUAAAAACCGUCACAAGAGUUUUUACCGCUACACGUCAUCUUUUAAAAAGCGUCCACCGAGUUUGUACUCUUGGGGAAAGUCUGCGUCAUCCAGUAAUCAGUUUGAGUUCAACUCGGAGACGCUUGUCAUGGCGCAGUUAAAGGUGUAGUGAUGUGGUGGGGAAAGCCUCAACCCGUUCAUGUUAAGGUAAAUGUUUGAAUGGAACAUCCACGACCCAGCCAUAUUCUCCACUCCAUUCACAAACAACCCACUCAUUCACAUAGGCUAUUUUGCAAAGUUGCUUUAAUUUGUAUAUGUAUAC